CAGCAGGCUGCGGUGGGAGGAGGCAUUUUUUUAGGACAUCUGGGGUCUUUGCCAAUGGCGGUAGGGCAGAUUUUGAACCGCACCGGCGCACAGGGACAUAACAGUUUGGUGUUUUCAAGACUAAGGACAGUCGCCAAAACGUUCCCACCCAAUAAAAUCUGCCACUGACAAGGAAGCAAAAACACUUGGAGCGACGCGUGAAAUCUGAUUUGUCCGGACGGUCUGAGCCACAACUCCUCCGAGUUUGAUGGAUGUUUCGGAGAUGGCCUGAACUUUACUUUUUCUUUCUCUAUAGUUAAGAGUAACCAUCCAGUUGACGGAGUAGCAGGAGAGCUCGGAGCAUGCGGCGCGUAGAAACCAACUCGGGUUGAUUCCCAAACAGGACUCCUUGUUUUUGUCUUUCGUCUCAGGCCCGGGUCGGGCGAGGAGAUGAGUGCUCAUGAUGGGACUGUGUCUCGGUACCGAAGUUACAGAGGAGAAGAAGGCGAGGAUACACAGUGCCAAGAUAGACAGAGACCUGUACGAGUCGGCCAAGCGGGAGAUGAAUGUGGUUAAAAUACUCCUACUAGGUGCAGCAGAGAGUGGUAAAAGCACUUUGGUCAAACAGAUGAAGAUCAUCCACAGUAAUGGAUUCACCAAGCAAGAACUCACCAGCUUCAAGCCUGCAGUGCUGGAUAACCUCCUGACCUCCAUGAAGUUUGUCCUCCACGGCAUGGGUGUCCUCCGGAUCAACCUGGCUAACAACAGGAACAAGGUCCACGCCCAUACUGUCCUGUCGUGUGGGCGGUGUUUUGACGAAGAACAGGUGCUGUUUCCUUUCCUUAGCCACGCCCUGUCCUGUCUGUUGGCCGACCAGGGUGUGAGGGCGGCGGCAGCCCGGGGAUACGAGUACGAGCUCAAUGACUCAGCGCUUUAUUUUUUUGAGAACCUGACCCGCAUCACGUCUCCAGAUUACGUUCCCACAGAGACAGACGUUCUGCGAGUAAGACUGAGGACGACCGGUGUGAUAGAGACCCAGUUCAAAGUCAACCAUCUCAUUUUCAGGAUGUACGACGUUGGAGGCCAGAGAACUGAGCGGAGGAAGUGGAUUGGUUGUUUCGAGGACGUCAGGGCAGUGCUGUUUGUGGUGUCGCUCAGUGGUUACGACAUGACCCUGGUGGAAGACCCCUCCGUGAAUCGUCUUCAGGAGAGCCUGAAACUCUUCUCCUGCAUCUGCAACAACAUUUUCUUCCGCAGCACAUCCAUGAUUUUAUUCAUGAACAAGAUAGAUCUUUUUCAAGACAAGAUUUUACACUCUGGGCGACAUCUGCGGCUAUACCUGCCACAGUUUAAAGGUGCAGACUGCGAUGUAGAUUCCUCUGCCCGCUUCAUCGCUGCCACCUUCGUCUCGCUCAACGCUACUCCCAGCAAACUCAUCUACCACCACUUCACCACUGCGACCGACACCUCCAACGUCCAGGUCGUCUUCCAGGUUGUUAUGGACACGAUAAUCAAAGAGAACCUGGAGGCUGUGUCGCUCCUGUAACCCAGUGCCAGCAGAGGUCCGAGACGUUACUGGACAGCCCUCAGAUGUCUAAUUUAUAAAGACGUGAAGUCUGUUAGCUCCAAACAUAUUGUCUGAUUGACAUCUGAAGGUGCAGCCUGACAGUCUUUGCCACUGUUGCAUUUCAACCGCUGUUGCUCGAUUUCAUGUAGCUCAGAAAAACUCUUUCAAAUGACUUUGAAGAAGAAGGACCACCUGGCUGAUCCUUUCUUUUGGGGUGGUGCCCUUAAACAUUGAUUUUUUUAAACCUUAUGAUGGAGAGUAAUGGGCAUUUAUAUUUUUGUACUAUACUAUAAAUCAGUUUGAAUGGUGAAGUUACUUUUUUGAGGACUUGAUAUUCACACCCGUAUACAUUUAU